AUGACAACCGAAGGAGAAGUCCGAAAAGGUUGGGAAACUUUUGAUCAAAUUUCUCUGAGCAGAUUGAGCGUUGCCGACGAAGAAGGGCAACCACCAAAAUCAGCCGAAGAAAAGGAAGUUGUUGAUAUCAAAGAUGUAAAACCAGUUGUUGACCAAAACUCAAUUAAGGAUACUCCUAGCGGUUCAGCGGCAAUUUUGGACCCAGUUAGUCUCAACAAAGAGCAUAAUAAACCAAAGCCUGCACAACCAAGCAUUAUUUCGGCUCCUCAUAAUGUAAAUGGGAAAGUAUUGGCAACUGUGUAUCCAGAUAAUUUGACUUGUGAUUGGGUCACACCACCACAUUAUGAUCCCUAUAGCAUGCCAUCGAUUUUGGCAAUCGACGUCCCAGCGCUGCCGGGAGAGGAUUACAUUAAUGUGGUGAAAAAAAUAAUCAGUGAUCCGCGAUUCAAAAUGUUUUCUACUGCGUACUCUCGCAUUAUUGCGCUUUGGAUGGUAUUAUGGAUUUUUGCUCUCGCGAUGACUCUAUUGUACCAAACACAAGGCGGCUGGCCUGUAAUGAUUUGGUGUUUAAUAUGGGGUGUCAUUUUGUUCAUUGGCAUUUAUGUAUGUGCCAUUGUUCGCAAGAGAAUUCGUGUCGGAUUGAAUGAAGCUGUGGCAGAGGCCAAUGCAAUGAUUGUGAAUCGUCAUUUUCUCAUUGGAAUCGAAGACCGUGGACAAUUGAGUUGUCAUAAAACUGUGAUUCAUUUCCUUCGUUUCAAUGUUGCUGAAUGCACUGCGGAGAUAAUUAAGCAGUUGAAAAUUAAAAAAACCGGUGGUUGCGUGUUCGGAACAAAUGUUGCCCUGGAGGCGGAACUUUCUGGAGAAGAAAUUGAGAAAGAAGCCGCUCAAUUGAUCCUUGAUUACAGUCAGGAAUACGUCAAAAGCGUUGUUAAGAAACGACUUCAUUUCCCGUCGCGACCGAUUCAUGGUGUUUCGAACUAUAUGCCCAAGCAUUGCCGACAACAUUUGUGCUUUUGCCAGUUUAUUGAUGAUAAGAAGUUUAAUGCAAAGCCGAAAAAGUGGUACGAGCGAUAUGUUUAA